AGACUCAAAUGGUUUAUGAGUCUAGUCAACUUGAAAUGAAGCCCACAUAUCAUGAUUUUGUACGAUCUUGGCAAGAACCUAAAGACAUUGAUUUCAUGACUAGCCAAGCGGUUCGGGUCAGAUCGUGCGCAUUCCUGUUUUUCUCGGCAUGGGCUUUACAAAAAGGGCAACUUUCGGCCGAGUUGUUAUGUCUGUAGUGACUACAAGCCAGUCUACAGCAACUUACGACUGUGCCGAAGUAGUACUUAAGACAACGUCCUGUCCCUUUGAAUUGUUGAGCCUCUCUUCACUGUGCUCUCAUCAAGUCAUUAAGUCUCUGCUACUUGCCUGUCGCACAACAACGCGAGAACCUCUUCAUAACCAAAUUCAAGACUCAACUUCGAAACUGACAACCGCUCAACAUGCGUGUCAUUGCUCUUGCUGCUGCUGCUCUGGCCUUCGCCAUGCCCAUUUCCGCCGGUGUUUGCGCGGCAUUUGGUGUCUGCUCCCAGAAUGGAUUGAUCAAAGAUUGUACUUCCGGAAGUUGUAUCGGCAAGGUCGGAGAGUCCUGCACUCAAUCCCUUGCAGGGCCUGUUCUUUGCCCUGUGUAGGGCGUUUGAGGAGAAGAGGGACCAUGAAAACUGUUCUCAGUAAGCCUGAGGGAUUUCGUGGUUCUAAUGCAGCAUCAUCACAAUGUUAGGACUGGCAAACAAAGAACGGUAGACCUAGUCGUCUAGACAUAUCCUUGUUACACUUGAUCUAUCUGACCUAUUACAACCUUUUGUAAGAAAAU